AUGGAAAAACCAUAUGAAGAGCCUGAAGUGCUCGUCUCUCGCUCCAACACUCAGCAAGUCGAAUCCCGUUCCUCCACUGCCCGCAAACUCAUUACACACAUCACCCUACUUUUUGUGCUACUCGGAGUCCUCUACUACUUUGCUGACUACGAAUACUAUAGAGAUGCUGCUUUGAACUUCUCUGAAAAGAUCCAUAGACACUGUGGCCACAGACUCUCGAAGAGAAAGGAGUUCACUGAGACCAUUGGGUUCCGUGUUUUGGUUGGUAUUGGUGUGUUUGCUGUGUUGAACGUCAUUGUUAUCGUCGUUCACCAUAUUGUUCAGAAAAUCGCCAGGUCGACCAACUCCUAUAAGUCUAUUGACCAUGUUGUGUCUCCAUUUUAA